UCUGUCGAUGAUUGUCAAAUUCCAUUCCAAUCUGAUGUUAUCUAUCGAUGUUUCACAGUUUGUCUAGCUUAUGGUGAUGUUAUAUGUCGAUGUUUUUAAUUGCAUGUCCAUGCUAUUUGUCGAUGUUUGUGAUUGCAUGGUAAUGUUAUCUGCUAAUGUUUGUCUAGUUCCAUGGUGAUUUUAUCUGUCGAUGUUUGUCUAGCGUCAUGAUGAUUUAUCUGUCGGUGUUUGUGAUUGCAUGGUAGUAUUAUCUGUCAAUGUUUAUCUAAUUCCAUUGUGGUGUUAUCUGUCGACGUUUGUGAUUGCAUGGUGAGAUUAUCUGUCGGUGUAUGUUUUAAUUCCAUGGUGUGAUGUAAUCAGUUGAUGUUUGUGAGUGCAUGGUCAUGUUAUUAAUCGAUGUUUGUGAUUGCAUGGUCAUGUUAUCUGUCGAUGUUUUUGAUUGCAUGGUCAUGUUAUCUGUCGAUGUUUGUGAUUGCAUGGUCAUGUUAUCUGUUUGUGAUUGCAGUGAAUGAGGAGAACAUUGACGUAACGAGCGUGGAGCAGGAGAAACUCGUCCCCCACCACGCCCCCCUGUACCCGGAGACGGCGCUGUACCCCGUGGGGCAGGAGACGAUAUACGAGUGCUCGGCGCGACUACUCUUCAUGGCCGUCAAGUGGGCGAAGAAUCUUCCUUCUUUUGGAAAUCUGCCCUUCAGAGACCAGGUGAUCCUACUGGAGGAAGCGUGGGCGGAGCUGUUUUUGCUGUGCGCCAUCCAGUGGUCGAUGCCCAUGGACGUCUGCCCGCUGUUCGGUUUGCCGGAACACGCCCCGAACUCUCACAACGGGAAGAUCUCGCCAUUCUCAGACAUGCGCAUUCUGCAGGAAGUGAUGACGAGGUUCAAGCUUGUUCAAGUCGACCCCGCGGAGUUCGCAUGCCUCAAGGCCAUCGUAUUGUUCAAGUCAGAUGCGAAGUCGUUAAAGGAUCCGUCACAGGUGGAGAAUCUCCAAGACCAAGCACAGAUUAUGCUGGGUCAGCACAUCCGGGCACAACACCCAACUCAGCCUUGCAGAUUUGGUCGCUUGCUCCUGAUCUUGCCCAUGCUACACUACAUUCCCUCAGACCGAAUAGAGAGACUGUUCUUCGGUCGGACGAUCGGAAACACCCCCAUGGAGAAACUACUGUGCGACAUGUUCAAGAGUUGAGCUGUGUAUCCUGACUCAGUAUUCUGGCUCAAUUCACUAUCUUGUCACUUCAGCUCCACUGAAUUCGGAUCCUCGCCCGUCGUCCUCUUGAAGAACUGGGUGACAGGGAGUCGUGAAUUGAGUGAUAGACGGUCUGACUAUUGAGAACUGAGUGGCAUGGCAUCACGAAUUGAGUGAAAGACGGUCUGACCAUUAUGAACUCAGUGACAGGGCAUCAUGAACUGUUCACAGCGUGACGUAAAAGGGCUGCGUGCAAUACAUAUAUAUAUUUAAUAUAUUAGUAACACGAUCUGGUUUAAAACAUUACAGUGUG